GCAGUAUCGUUGCGGUGCACGUCCCAGCUACCAUCGCAGGAGUGCUUGGCAAAGUCUCAAGAGCGACUGACCCACUCUGCAAAUACUGCGUCCCUUGACCGUCUGCCAGAGAGUCGAGUCGGAUCUGUCUACGCGUCCCGGGGGGUCAUCCAUGCCCUGGCAACAUCAGAGCGUGGAUCUCUGGGCCAAAAUUGGCAUCCUACCUGAAAUCUCUCGGCCAUCGCAUAGAAACACGGCGACGAUGCCAAGACCUCCUAGUCAGGUCUCUCCGUCAAGCUUGGUCUCGAAUCGCCCUCCUCUUGCACACUCGACCGCGGCUGGCCUCCCAGAUGGAUAUCCCAACAACCCGACCUGCCCAAUUGGCUCGCUGCCUGUCUCUGGUGUCACCUGCGUUUCAUGCCUCAACUGCGUCGGUGGCUGCUUGGACCUUACGCGGAACAAUAUCCAGUCCCGCUGGGCGGAUUGUCUACAAUGUACCGUCUCUAGCCUAGUCGUCCAACGGCCAUCCCUUGGCGCUAUUCGGAGCUUUCCAGCUGGGCAAUCCCACCUCGACCACGACGACGACCCCCUGCCUGCGCCUCCGUACCGACUCGAUCAAGAGCCUACCCCAGACGGUAGCCCCCUCUGCUAAUGUCUGAGGGCCCACGACCAACUUGAGGCUUUGGACGGGACUCUAUCUCUUGGCAUCUUGGCGGCUGUGUCUCAAGCAUGUGGCUAGUUUCCAGUCUCAACUCGUCCAUCUUGGCUCGUGGGGAAAUAUAUGAAAGCUAAAUUCUCGUGCAAUUUUUCAAAACUUCUCUUCUAUUUCUUCUUUAGCUGUGCUCGACUGGUAUCC